AAUAAUCUUAACAGGCUUUGCUAGUUCUUUACUUGAAUUUCACAAAGAAUUUUCAGUUUUUCAACUUCAAAUACUCGAUCAAAAUUAGUCCUUUUGCCAAGAAGAGAAAAUGGCUUUGGUUGGAGAGGCUUUGCUGUCCGGUUCUAUCCAGGUGAUGUGCGAAAAAAUUGCUUCGGGAGAGUUCGUGGACUUCUUCCGAGCAAGAAGACUCAACCAUUCACUCAUGGACAAACUGAAGGUGACAUUGAAUACACUUCAAGCAGUGCUCAACGACGCAGAGGAGAAGCAAAUUGUCAACCCUGCAGUCGGGGUGUGGCUUAACGAUCUCAAAGAUGCUGUGUUCGAUGCGGAGGACCUGGUGGAUGAGAUCGAUACUGAAGCUCUGCGUCACAAGGUGGAAGAUCAGACUAAGAAAACCCAGGUGUUGAACUUCCUCUCUACCUCUCGUAAUCCUUUUAAUUAUAAAGGCAUGAAUGGUAGGAUAGAGGAGUUAUUUCAGAGGUUAGAACACCUUGCAGAACAGCGAAAUCGCCUUGGUCUUAGAGAAGGUAUUGGGCACAUGGUUUCACAAAGAACUCCCACAACUUCUGUAGUUGAAGAAGGAUUUUGUCCCUAUGGUAGGGAUAAGGAUAAAGAAAGUUUAAAAACACUACUGCUGCUAUCUGACAAUGAAAGUAGCAGUAAUUUCUCUGUAGUGCCAAUAGUCGGGAUGGGCGGGGUUGGUAAGACAACCCUUGCUCAACUCCUUUACAAUGAUGAACAAGUUAAGGAGCAUUUUGACGUUCAUGCUUGGGUUUGUGUUUCCGAACAGUACGAUGCUUUGAGGGUGAUUAAGACCCUUAUUGAGCAAAUCACUGAGAAAUCUUGCGAUAUCUUAGAUAUGCAUUCCCUUGAAAUUCAACCAAGGGAACAAGCAAGGGAUAUCUCAGAUAUGCAUUCCCUUGAAAUUCUACUAAGGGAACAACUAAGGAGGGAACAAGUGAGGGAUGUCUCCGAUAUGAAUUCCCUUGAAAUUCGACUAAGGGAGCAAGUAAGGGGAAAGACAUUUUUAUUUGUCCUAGAUGACCUUUGGAAUGAGAGCUAUGAUGAGUGGGAUCGUCUACGAACUCUUUUCACUUAUGGGGCGAAGGGAAGUAAGGUCAUUGUAACAACAAGGAGUAGACAUGUUGCAUCCAUCGUGCACAAUACUAUUCCAAUAUAUGACUUGGAAAAAUUGUCGGACGAUGAUUGCUGGUUGUUAUUGGCAAAACAUGCAUUUAGAAAUGAAAACUCCAUUGCACAUCCUAAAUUGGAAGAAGUUGGUAAGAAAAUUGCACUCAAGUGCAACGGUUUGCCUUUAGCUUCAAAAACACUAGGGGGUCUCUUAGGUUGCAACCUAGACUACAAGAAAUGGAAUCACAUAUUGGAUAGCAAUCUUUGGGAUCUACCACAUGCUAAUAGUGUUCUUCCUUCUCUAAGGUUGAGUUACCAUUAUCUUCCAACUAACUUGAAACGAUGCUUUGCUUAUUGCUCAAUUUUUCCAAAGGGCUAUGAAAUGGAAAAGGAAAAUGUAAUUCUACUAUGGGUGGCAGAAGGUUUAAUUCCACAAUCAAAGAGUGGGAAUACACUAGAGGAGGUUGGUGAAAGAUACAUUGACGAACUGUUAUCGCGAUCACUGUUUCAAAGACCAAGAUUGGAUCAACCAAGAUUCACUAUGCAUGAUCUCAUUAAUGACUUGGCUAUGUUUGUGUCUGGAGAGUUUUGUUUUAGGUUGGAUGUUGAACAUUCACAUGAAGCUCGUAAAAGAGUUCGCCACUUCUCGUAUGUGAGAGGGAAAUUUGAUACAUCUUCAAAAUUUCAGCCAUUAAAUGGAGUGAAGUAUUUGCACACAUUCUUUCCAAUGUCUUUAACACCAUAUGACACAAGGGAUGACAAAGUAUAUGUAAGCAAUAAGGUUCAAGAUGAUUUUCUGCCAACACAAAAAUAUUUACGGGUAAUAUCAUUGUCAAGAUAUCGAAAUAUCACUCACUUACCUGAUUCCAUUGGUAAUCACAUACACUUGCGCUACAUUGAUCUCUCUUAUACGGCAAUUAAAAGGUUACCCGAUACAGUGUGUACCCUCUACAAUUUACAAACUCUGUUGUUGUUAGGUUGUUCUUCCCUUGCUAAAUUGCCUGCAGACAUGAGUAAAUUGAUUCAUUUGCGUCAUCUUGAUAUUGGUGGAACUCGCAUAAAAAAGAUGCCUGUGCAUAUGCGUAGAUUAAAAAGUUUGAGAACAUUGACAACUUUUGUGUUGGGGAAAUCUACUGGGUCAAGCAUUGCAGAGCUGAGGGAGUUGUCGCACAUUCGAGGAAAAAUUUGUAUCUUGAAUCUUCAAAAUGUAGUCGGUGCUAUUGAUGUCUUGCUGAAGGAUAAGAAAGAUCUUAAUGAGGUAGAGUUGGCAUGGGGUGAUGAGGUUUCCGAUGAUUCGGUAAAAGAGAGAUAUGUGCUCGAAAGACUUCAACCUUCGGUAAAUUUGGUGAAGCUAACCAUCAAGUGUUAUGGCGGAUUCAGUUUCCCAAAUUGGGUGGGAGACUCGUCAUUCUCCAACUUACAAGUGAUGCGUCUCAGUGACUUUGGUAAUUGCAGUUCAUUGCCACCAGUUGGUCAGCUACCUGCUCUGAAAGAGCUCUACGUAGAAAGGAUGAAAGUGGUUACGAGUGUUGGUGUUGAGUUGUACGGGGGAAAUCAACCAUUUCAAUGUUUAGAGAAGCUAGAGUUUUCAAGUAUGCCAGAGUGGGAGGAAUGGCUGCCUAGUCCAAGUGGAGGUGAAAGUCCAGACUUUCCUCGUCUUAAGGAGCUGAGGUUACGCCAAUGUCCGAAGCUGAGAGGAAACUUGCCCACUCAUCUUCCUUCCUUGGAGAUACUUAGGGUCUAUCAAUGUGAGGUACUACAUUUGCCGACGGAGACGCUGCCGUGGCUUCAGGUGCUUGGUACUAAUUUUAAUGGCGGGACAGAGUGGUUGCCGCAAAUGGUGCACAACAGCAAUCGUCUUCAAAGUUUGGUUCUUUAUAAUUGUUCCUCACGCUUGUCGUUCCCAACAAAUGGUCUACCCACCACGCUGACGUCACUCCGAAUUGAAUUCUGCGAGAAAUUAGAAUUCCUAUCACGUGAGAUGAUGGCCAAAUUGACUUCCCUUCGGUCUUUGCAUCUAAAAGAGAGCUGUGAUUCUCUGAGGUCCUUCCCUUUGGGCCUUUUCCCCAAACUUUCAUCUCUUGAAAUAUGGGGUUGUCGGAAUUUGGAAUCUCUUUCAGUUGGAGGAGGAGCAGAUGAAAAUCUCAGCCAUCUCAACUCCCUGAUUAUUUGGGCAUGUCCCAAUCUUGUCUCUUUUCCCGACGGGGGAUUGCCCACUCCCAACCUCACUUCCUUUCAAGUCUUCGACUGCGAGAAUUUGAAGUUGUUGCCGGACCGCAUGCACACCCUCACCGCACUUCAACGUUUGGAGAUAGGAUUUCUUCCAAAUGUGGUGUCAUUUGCACAAGGGGGUUUGCCUCCCAACCUACAAUCAUUUGGGAUCCAAUUAUGUGAGAGACUGAGGCCUUCAGUGGAAUGGGGAUUGCAUGGGCUUGCCUCUCUUCAAGGAUUUCAGAUCUUCGUAGGAACCAAGGAUCUGCUGGAGACGUUGCUCAAUGAACAGCUUCUCCCUGCCACUCUUCACACUCUCCAAAUCUCUUCUGUAUGCAGUCUGAAAUCUUUGGACGGAAGGGGACUUGAGCACCUCACUUCUCUUCAACACCUACAAAUUGGAGGGUCCGAGAGUAUCAAAUUCCUGCCAAAAGAGGGUUUGCCGGCAUCUCUUUCUUAUCUGGGCAACUUGUAUAGUCCAGAGGGUGCGCCGGCAUCUCUUUCUUAUCUGAAGAAGAGGAGGUAUCUGAAGAAGAGGUAUGAGAACGUAGCUCGCAUUCCUUGCAUAGAGAUAGAUGGAAAAGUCAACAUCUUUUGAGCUUUCAUUUCACUCUCUCAAACUCUCAACUCUCAAGACAAAAGCCAGGAUGAGUGGCGAGGGGAGUGAAUUAUUCCGGUUAAAGUCUUGAAGAGAGCAUGGCUUAUUGGCACUGCUUGCUAUAAUGCUAGUGUUGCUAGCCUAGGUGGCUGGCUGCUUCGCCUACAGAUUUCAGUAUGGCAACUCUGGAAUUGUAAAGAUAGGAUUAUCUUUACACCACUCUCUUUUGUCACCCUUGAGCACUGCAGACAAGCUGAGCAUCUUGUUAAGCUGAGGUAUGAAAAAGGAAAGCAGUUGAGUUGGCAUCCUAUUGAAAUGGAUUCGAUCAUUUGAGAGAAAACGUGCUUUUCACAGUUCAAUUCAGAAUGAAACGGUAGAAAGCAUGUGAAGGUAAAGCUCUACGUUCCUUUCCUACAUUUUCAUCAAAACUCUGCAUCCCCAUACUCUCCUAAAGAAAAAUACAUAUCGCAUACUUUAAAUGUAAUUGUGCCUAUUGUUGCCAUCUAUGAACAUCUUAUCUCCUGGAAGUGAUCCAAAGGAACUGAGAGGUUAUAGCAUUCUUCUCGCCAUUGUGGAUUUCAUGAGCAAUUGAUAGAAUAUUCAAAGUUGCAUCUGGACUCGGAGGUUUGUUUUUUCUAUAUAUUAGCGUGUGGUGUCAUGUGACUCGCACAGCAAGUUAACAGAGGAAGAAAAAAGUUAUCUGAACAUUGCAGAUUCGCUCACUUUAUAUGUAGGCGAUCAUUUGAUUCGUUAACCGCUCUAGAGGAAAAUGCCGUGGAGAAAUAGACGAUGAUACGCCUUAACCCAAGUUUGAUGGGGAAAGUUGGAGCAGCGGGCACUCAAAUUUACAAGCCUUCUUGCCACACACUUUGUUGCUGCCUGUGCCCUCGCGGGGGCUCAUUUUUCUCUAUCACAUACGUUUUAGGCCGGAACACUAGUCUGAUACUGUGGAACAACUUGUGGUGGAUAUUUAUGUUUCUCCUGCAUGUGAAGAGGCAGGUGCACUGGAGAUAUGUUUCUCUCUACUAACACAACAGUUGAAGAGUGCCUCAUGGCUGUGCUUGCUUGAAGGCCAGUACGUACAUUACGUUACUAGAUUGCAUUUAUAUUGAGGAGGAUUUCACCGGUGGAACAUUGCAGAACAGCUGUAAAUUCCAGCAAACAGUGUAAACCUGUAAAGAUAGGAUUAUCAAAUGGUGCUUUGGUUUUCUGGACUGUCAAGUUUGAAAUCUUUGAACAGAAAUGGACUUUCAAUACCUCCCACUCUUGCAAUUCUUGCCCGGACAGGGACCUGCAGACCUCAGCUCUCGUCAACAGCUAUACAAAUAUUGAAUGACAGUAUUGUCAAAUAUAAUAGGAACCGGUCUUCAACACCUCCCACUCUCGCAAAUCCUGCAGGGACAAGGACCUCAGCUAUAUAAAGGUUGAUUGUAUGUGGGACUUCGUCGGUCCAGAGAGAAAACUAUUGAACUGUAAAGAUAGGAUUAUCAAAGGGAAAACAAUGUUAGCUUAUAUCAACUACUCAGCUGCAUAUACAUAUGUUUCCUUGCAAACACAAUGGUUGGAGAGAGCAUGGCUUAUUGGCAGCGCUUGCCAGAAUGCCAGUGUUACUAGACAUGGUGGCUGGCUGCUGCACCUACAGAUGUCAGUAUGGCAACUCUGGAAUUGUAAAGAUAGGAUUAUCUACAGCCAACGAUUUGAACAUGCAUCGAUUAGUUGUCCUUGAAUGGUGCAUGCAUAUAAUUCUCCUUUAAUCGGAGAGGUUACCCCUGGAGUGAUGUUUUUUCUAAUGCUUUUAUAGUUUGAAUAUGAGAGGCAUGGCUUUUCAUCUUCUCUUGAUGUCACUCUCAUCUUUGAAUGGGUGCCAAUAUGAUUUUGUACAGAGAUAGUGGUUGAACAGCGCGCUUGAUCAUUGUAGCACCGUCGUCACGCUUGCAUUUGUUGGUAUUCCAGUAAAUGAUAUUACUAGAAUAAGUGGUUGGCUGGUGUGCUACGGAUUUCACAAGAAUGAUAAUUCUAACGUUGAGCACUGCAGACGAGCUGAGUACCUUGUUAAGCUGAGGUAUGAAGGUCAAGCAGUUGAGUUGCAUCCUAUUGAAAUGGAUUGGAGAGAAAACAUGCUUUUCACAGUUCGAUUUAGAAUGAAACGGUAGAAGCGUGUGAAGCUUUUCUCCUGGAAGUGAUCCAAAGGAACUGAGAUGUUACAGCAUUCUUCUCACCAUUGUGGAUUUCAUGAGCAAUCAAGAGAGUAUUCAAAGUUGCAUCUGGACUCAGAGAUUGGCUCACUAUAUAUGCAGGCGAUCGUUUGAUUCGUUAACCAAUGUAGAGGAAGUCUGGAAGAUGCCGUGGAGAAAUAGUGGAUGAUACGCCUUAACCCAAGUUUGAUGGGGAAAGUUGGAGCAGCGGGCUCUCAAUUUAGAAACGUUCUUGCCAAAUGCACACUUUGUUGCUGCCUGUGCAGCCAAGUUCGCGCGUGGGAGUUCAUUUUCCUCUACCAUGUACUUUGAGGCCAGAGCACUACAUCGUUGGCUGCCCAUGGUGGCUGAUUUGGAAGCUGCUGCUGUGGAAGUGGGGAGUAAUUCCACUGUGUCUAUGGCAGGGUAGUAGCAAAAGGAGGAGGAUUAUUCUGCGUUUGCCGUUUGGUACAAUAUUAUGCGAGACGAGAGGCCAAAAAGGUUGCAGAGACUUGCACGAUUUGGAAAGUUGCUGUAUUUUGAAGACUCCCCCGAACAUUAUUUUGGAUGUUUUAAUUAACAGAAGCUAGAUAGUCAUAACCUGUAAUUUGUUGGUGCCUUUUUUCCUUCAACUGGGAUGAAAUUCCCGAUAAAAUUUUGAUGAGGUUAUGGUAUUCUUUAACCCAAUAGGAUCCCUCCAGAUCCUUUUGAUGAGGAUCAUAGGAAUUCGUGAAUCGUACUCAUUCAUCGUAUAUCGUGUGAUUAUUGGUACAAGAUCAAUGCAUCAAUAUGUAAGAUUUAAUCAUUAUAUGUGCCAACAGUUAUAUUUCAUUCAACAAAAUUUAUUUACAGAAGCA